AUGCUUGGACUUCGCUGGAUGAUUGCUUGUCAUCCGCAUUCGGGUCAGAAUGCUCCUCCCAUGUACGGAGAUUUUGAGGCCCAACGUCAUUGGAUGGAAGUCACGUAUAACUUGCCAAUAUCAGAUUGGUAUCAGAACACAAGCAAGAAUGAUUUGGGUUAUUGGGGGUUAGAUUAUCCUCCCUUGACGGCUUAUCACAGCUGGGUCCUCGGGCUAGUAGCAAACACAACUGCAAAAGAAAUCGUGCAAUUAGGUGUUCGAGGACCGGAAACUUUUGCGGUGAAGAUAUUCAUGAGAGCAACUGUUUUGGCCACUGACUUAGCUGUUCUCUUCCCUGCAACAUGCGCAUAUUUCGGCAGUUUUUCGUUACUAAUCCUUGCCCUGGCUGCCCCUGCACUGAUUUUAAUUGACCAUGGGCAUUUUCAAUUCAAUGGAGCGUCACUGGGGCUCGCUUUGUUGGCGUUCAGUUCAAUGAAGCGUGAUAGAAUGAUCCCUGCCGCGAUCUGGUUUUCUCUAGCGUUGAACUUCAAGCAGAUGGAGCUUUAUCAUUCCCUACCUGUAUUUUUCUACAUGUUGGCAUGGUCAUUCCAUCGAGGACGAGGAUUAUUCAGUGUUUCCAAGAUCGGUUUAUUUGUUGCUCUUGUUUUCGGUUUAAUGUUGAUGCCGUGGAUCGUUCUGGGGACACAAAGCCUCGUCGCUGUCAUGAGGCGAUUGUUUCCGUUUAACCGUGGACUUUAUGAAAGUAAAGUCGCAAAUUUUUGGUGCACGAUUAAUGUGCUUUACAAAGUAAAUACUUCGGAAAUGCGAAGUGUUAUGGUGCCUUUGUGCUUAGUAACAACUCUAGCAGUUGCUUUACCGAGUUGCGUGCAUCUUUUCGUGAAGCCCGUUUUUCGUAACUUCAAAUUAACCUUGUUCAUCGUGUCCCUUUCAUUUUUCCUUUUUUCGUAUCAUGUUCACGAGAAAAGUAUUUUGUUGGCCGUUUUGCCUUCCUUGAUGCUGUUAGACGAUUAUCCGUCAGUUUGCGUCUUUUUUCUUUUUAUGUCGGCAUCCAGCAUGUUUCCAUUAUUUGUAUUGGAUGAGUUGCUGUGGGCAUAUUUUGGAAUAACGUUGAUAUUCUCUGCUCUUCUCUAUUUCUUGCGCAUUCGGUUGAGAAUGUUCAUGUGGGUGGUUUUUGUGAGCGGGCAGUUUUUGAAUUUGGCCAGUUUGUUCAUACCUCCUCCGGAAAAGUUGCCGGAUUUGUUUGCUGUUGUGAUUUCCGCGUAUUCUUUCACGACAUUUUCAGCAGUGUUAGUUUACUUUUAUUAUGAGCAGUUUUUCGGUGACCAAUUUCCGGUUGAUUCGCGUCGUGUGAAAACUUCGAGUGACGAGGAAACUAAGAAGAUUAAAUGA